CGUCCGCCAUCUUCCUUGAUCUUUCCGCAGCGUUCUUUUCCGUACGGUCCGUCGUGGCGACUACGUUUUUCGCGUAAUUUUAACACAAUGGGUUUCGUCAAAGUGGUCAAGAAUAAGCAGUACUUCAAGCGGUACCAAGUUAAGUUCAAGAGGCGCCGCGAAGGAAAGACUGAUUACUAUGCUCGUAAGCGAUUGACUAUUCAGGACAAGAACAAGUACAAUACACCUAAGUACAGGUUGAUCGUACGUUUGUCCAACAAGGAUAUUACGUGCCAGGUUGCCUAUUCGAGAAUUGAAGGAGACAGGAUCGUAUGUGCUGCUUACAGCCAUGAACUUCCCAAAUAUGGAAUUAAAGUUGGUCUUACCAAUUAUGCGUCUGCUUACUGCACCGGCUUGCUCUUGGCUAGAAGGCUUCUUAAGAAGCUGGGAUUGGAUACCUUAUACGUGGGUACUACAGAUGUGACUGGUGACGAGUACAAUGUCGAGGAAUUGGAUGAUGGCCCAGGUGCCUUCAGAUGUUACCUGGACACGGGAUUAAUGCGCACCACAACAGGCGCCCGAGUUUUUGGCGCCAUGAAAGGCGCGGUUGACGGUGGUCUCAAUAUCCCUCAUAGUACCAAGCGAUUCCCCGGUUAUGAUGGCGAAUCGAAGACGUUCAACGCAGAUGUGCACCGACAGCACAUAUUCGGCCAACAUGUCGCGAACUACAUGAGACUGUUGGAAGAGGAGGAUGAUGAAGCUUUCAAGAGGCAGUUCUCCCAAUAUAUCAAGCUUGGCAUCUCUGCGAACGAUAUCGAGAACAUAUACAAGAAGGCCCAUGAAGCCAUCCGGGCCAAUCCGGAGCAUACGAAGGUUACGAGAGAGAAGCCACCAAUCAAAAAGAGAUGGAACCGUGCGAAAUUGUCAUUGUCCGAGAGGAAGAAUCGUGUGGCUCAGAAGAAGGCCUCCUUCCUCAAGACCUUGGAGGAAGCGGAGGUGUAACCAUUCUUCAUUCUGGAUUAUUACGAUGUGUACACGGAUUCAUGUGUAUAAAUCAACCAAGAAUAAAGAAAACUCGAUAUAUAUGUA